AUGCGGCCGCGGAUUUUCACGGCCUGGGACGAGAACAAGGCGCGGCUCAAGAGCGCCUUCGGCUUCAGCGACGACCACCUCGCCCAGUACGACGCCGUGUCGGACGACGACCUCGCCGACGCCUACGAGACCAUGCAGUUGUGCCGCCAGUUCGAGAACGCGUGCGCGCAGUCGUACAUGCAGGGCAGCAUCCGCGGCUUCAUGCACCUCGACAACGGCCAGGAGACCAUCCCGGCCCUCAUCGCGGACCAGCUCACGAAGGACGACAUCAAGUACUCCUACUACCGCGAGCACACGCACGCGCUCGCGUCCGGCGUGCCGCCCGAGAAGGUCAUGGCGGAGCUCUUCGCCAAGGACGGCGGCACGUGCCGGGGCACGGGCGGCUCCAUGCACGUCUACGACGUCGACACCCACUUCCAGGGCGGCUGGGCCCUCGUCGCGGAGCAGCUGCCCUACGCGGCGGGCGCCGCGCGGUCGAUCCUCCUCGACCGCGAGCUCGGCCUCACCAAGGCCAAGGCCGACGGCGGCGACGACGACCGCCUCACCGUCGUCUUCUGCGGCGAGGGCGGCUCGCAGAACGGCCGCCUCGCCGAGGUGCUCAACGUCGCCGCGAAGGAGUCGCUGCCGCUGCUGAUCCUCUGCAUCGACAACGGCCGGGCCAUCAACACGUUCACGCCCGACGUGGCCCAGAACAGCGAGGUCUGGCGCGCGGGCGAGCACUACGGCGUGCCCGGCGCCAAGGUCGACGGCCAGAAUCUCGAGGACGUGCUCAAGACGGGCCGCGCGGUCAUCGACCACGUCCGUUCUACGUCGUCGCCCGCGAUCCUCCAGGUCCACACGUACCGGCUCCAGGGCCACAGCCCCGCGGACCCGGAGCACGAGCGGGGGCGCAAGGCCGAGAAGACCUGGGCCCGCGCCGAGGCCGACCCCCUCAAGAUCUUCGAGGCUUUAGGCGUCCUGCCCGAGGACGUGCUCUCGGACCGCAAGGCCAAGGCCUCGCAGGUCGUCAAGGACGCGGUCGCCUUCGCCAAGGCGUCGCCGCCGCCG